ACAAACAUGAGCUCCAAAGCUCUUGGACCGUCAUGAAAAGAGCUAUACUAACAGGAAUAUUCCAAUGGCUCAAUUCUUGUUGCACAGGGUGGACAAGUGUACAUAUUAAUGCCGACUGGUACAUGUAUAGCCCAUUAAAAAAUAGCCGAUUCGCAUUGAAAUACCCUUUAGUAACAAUGGGCUAUGCUCAUUUCAGCUGGCCUUCUGUAUUCCACAAGUGACAUUCCACCAGUGGAACUGAGCUCAUACUCUUAUAAAAAUAACAGGAUGACAGCUGUUUCAGGAAGAGAAGCCAUGUCCACUGUGAGAGAUGAAUUUGUUAAAGUCCUCGGACCCCUCACAGGUAAUGCUGAUGCUGAUUUACAGAUGACUAUGGAAUUUUAUUCAAAAAACGUUGAACUCUAUGAAAAGUCGCAUGUUGGUGAUGAUUUCUACCGCGGUCCCCUGGUUUUGGCAGAGGCGACCAAAAAAUACCUCGGAAAUGACCACGAUGCAAGAAUUCUUGAUGUAGCCUGUGGUACUGGAAAAGCGGCAGAGGAGCUACUUUCAAGAGGCUUUUCUAAUCUUGACGGCUUGGACCCGAACAAGGAGAUGCUCUAUUACUCAGAAUCCAAGAAAUUCUACAAGCACCUUUUCAAUGUGUACCUUGAUGACACAACUAAUGCUGCGGCACCAGAUGGUGCUUAUGACGUAGCCUGCUGUGCAGGAGGAUUCGUACCAGGCCACAUCCCGGCAGAGGGCCUCAGAGACAUGGUUAACAAAGUCAAGAAAGGUGGUUUCGUAAUAAACGUGAUGAGGGAGGCCUACCUCGACCAUCCGUUCUUUAAGGACAAACUAAUGAAUGCCAUCAGGCAGAUGAAAGAGGAGAAAGUGAUAGAAUCCCAAGAGAUUUCCCAGGUUGACUAUUUCAACGGCUUGAAAGGACUUUUGAUGGUUUUCAAGAGACUGUAAAUGCACAUUUAUUCGAAUUAUGACUGUUCAUAUCAGAUAGACAAGUUAAAAACUUCUGUCCAUGACAUUCAUGUCGAAUUAGCUUAAAAUAAUGGUAUAUGUAUCAUUUGAACCCACAAAAUGAGCUUGGAAAUUAACUUGAA